CAGAUAGAGGUUUGGCCCGAUUGUUCGCGCUUCAGCUCUGGGUUCUUGGCUAACUGGGGGGUGAAGACAGUGUCUACAGUAUAAAGAACAUGGCUCAUCUGCCACAGGACGAGCUGCCGUCAGAAUUUGACGUCGUGGUAGACGGAACUGGACUAGUACAGAGUAUACUGGCAGCUGCACAUUCUAGAGCCGGGAAAUCGGUGCUUCACCUUGAUCGCAAUUCCUACUAUGGAGAGCUGUGGGGUAGCCUCAUGCACAGGGAAAUGCAGCAGUGGAUGGCUGAGCACAGGUCACGUGAUCCCGAGACCACACCCCCUGAAUCACGUGAUCCACGGCCCCACCCUCCUCCUCCCUACGUCCCCUGCGAGGGAGAGAGUGUGUUGGAGAUAGUUCGACCUCAUCUUCCUUCCUCAAUCACUAACCUGGUGGAGCUCAUACACACACAGGGAGAGGAAAGCUGUGGUGGUGAGGACGUGGAAGGUGUGACUAGUGAACAUGACACUGAGGAGAGUGCUGUUGGUGAAGGUGGGAGUGGAGAUUGCGAGGAGAGUGCUGUUGGUGAUGUUGAUCUUCUGUCGGGGAGAGAUGGUGGAUCUGAUCACGGAGAGCAGCUGCAGUCGUCACUACAUAGAGUUCAGGGCAGUCAGCGGGAUAUUCAGCUACAAACACAACUCAAUCUUGUAGCAAUGAAGAGUGAAUCUACUCUCAUGUUCUACGAAGUUCAGAAAAGUCGCCAUAUCUCUCACAAGAGUCUGAGUGAGUUCCACAGCGACCUGUUCCCAGACACUGCGGGCAGUGAACCAGCACUCACUGCAGACCAGUGGUGCCAGGGACAAAAUGGGAAGGUAGCUAAAGUCAGUUUGGAUCCAAAGGGACAACCUAAAGCCGCAUCACAACCAAAAUCACACUCCAAACAGAACGGAACGAAAUCCCCAGAAAUCAGACCACCCUCUGAGGGGAAAUCCCCCACCCCAGUCGGGAAAUCCCCUACCCCAGGGGGAAAACCCCCCACCCCAGACUCUCGCUCCGUUUCUGAAGAAGAAUCUCGGUCGUCUUCCUUCAGCCCGACGCCCAAAGUGCUGAACAUCGUGCGUUUGUCAAAGUUUCGUCACAUCCAGGGAGGGACGCUACAUCGAAGCACUCACAUUGAGAAACUGCCUAAACUGAGUGUGGCAGUGCCCGGAGACAGCAAUGGCUUCCAGGCAAACAGAGAUUUCGUGGCUGCAGCUCUUGACAUCGCUGGCGGACAGAUUGGCAUCUUCAAGCUGACUCACACAGGUCGUCAGGACACCGACGAAGUUCUGAUGUUUCAGAAUUCGGCAAAUAUCAUGGACUUUGUCUUCGAUCCUUUCAACAACCACAGAUUAGUAGUAGCCUGUGAUGAUGCCAGGAUCAGGGUGUGGAAGGUGCCAGAAGGAGGCAGAGGAGGCACAGUCAAAGAACCAGAGUUCUUCCUCAUCGGCCACCAGGAGAAGCCCAACCUCCUGUGUUUCCACCCCCAGGCCUCCUCUCUCCUGGCCACUGCUGGGUUUGACUGCCACCUCUUCAUCUGGAACCUUGAGGAGAGAGCCAUCUCACUCAGGAUGGACCCUCUCCCUCAACCUCUGUUUGCCAUGAGCUGGAGUCCAGAUGGUAAACUCCUAGCAACCAUCGCCAGGGAUCACGUCAUCAGAAUAUACGACCCGCGAAACUCCACCUCCCCAGUUAACGAGGGGGUGGGGCCAGAGGGUAGCCGUGGCGCCCGCAUCGUUUGGCUAAACAACACUCACUUAGCGGUGUCUGGAUUCAACAAGACAAGUUCUCGGACCAUUUCUCUGUAUGUGACUUCUGACCUCUCGCGACCUUUGUCCUCUGUAUCUUCCACCAUCUCCCCGGCAACACUCGUUCCUCACUACGACCCAGACACCUGCCUCCUCUUCCUCUCCGGGAAAGGAGACAACUCAAUCAUUGCCUAUGAGUAUGUGGAGGAUAAGAAGCCAUAUCUGUUUGAUGUUGCUCCAUUUGCAUGUGGAUCCCCACACCAGGCAGUGAGUUACCUGCCCAAAGACCUGUGUGAUGUGAGACGAGUGGAGAUAGCAAGAGCUGUCAGACUCUGCAAGACUACUGUUGAACCCAUCUUCUUCAAGGUCCCCAGGACUAGGACAGAGUAUUUCCAGGAUGAUGUGUACCCAGAGACCAGAGUGACAUGGGAGGCAGCUCUGGCCAGUCAGGAGUGGCUCUCUGGGAAGGAUGGAGUCCAGUCUUCUCUCAGUCUCAGACCUCAUGACAUGGAACCUUUGAGUGAAGCUCCAAAAGCAGCACCAGCUCCCAAGAAGUAUCAGAGUUAUAACCCAGACUUCAAGACUGAUGAGGAAAAGAAAGAGGAGCUGAUGUCAGUCAUGAUAGAGAAGAUGGGAGAUCAAGAUGAAGACCCUCUACCUCAAGAGGCCAUGGAUGGCUGUGAUAGUGACGAGUGGAGUGACUGA